AUGAGUGGUGUUGGAUACAUAGGAUCCAAGAUCAGUUUGAUUUCACGGAGCGACAUAAGAUAUGUGGGAAUCCUGCAUAGUAUCAAUUCUGCCGACUCGACUGUAGCGCUUGAGCAAGGUCGUCGUGGCAAUCCGGCUGACGAAAUUCCUCCAUCCGACAAUGUCUUUGAAUAUAUAGUUUUUCGUGGUUCGGAUGUGAAAGAUUUGCACGUAUGCGAGACCCCGGCUCAACAACAGUCUAUGGCACCUCAAGUUCCUAAUGAUCCUGCAAUUCUUGGGACCACUGCUCCGCGGCCACCAAAUUUCCAAGGAUUCGCUCCCCCACCGCCGCUAGGGGUACAACCUCCACCUAAUUUUGCAGGUGCUGCCCUGAACCCCUUCUAUCUCCAACAGAUGGCAGCCGUCCCAUUCCAACAGCAGCAACAAUAUUGGCAGCCUCCGGUUCCCCAACAGCAGCAUAACAACCUCAAUGAGAACACUGCCAAAGAAGCUGAACAGCCCAAGUCACAACAACAGAAAGAGCAUGGUACACCAGACAAGGUUGAAGACCACAAAACGGACAAGCAAGCCUCAACGCUCAAAUUCUCCAAGAUGGGAACUGGCUCCAGGUCCUCUGCGCAAUCAACUAACACAAGAAAUGAUGCGGUCGUGGACACGCCGACAACGGCCGUGGACGUAGAAAACUUGACCAAAAAAGUCGGUGAAUUAAGUGUAACCCCAAAGGAAACUAACGGAGAGAGACAAACUGCGAGCAAUAACCGUUCCACCCUCAGUAGUAGUAAUCGGCUUCCUGGGAUGGGUGGUCACUUGGUUCAACCAAAUCGUAGAGGUCGUGGGAGCCGAAGAAGCUAUAGUCAAAAUUAUGAUCGCAGCCGAAUUACUGUUCCGCAAUCAGAUUUUGAUUUCGAAUUGUCGAAUGCAAAGUUCAAUAAGGAUGAACUUGUCAAGGAAGUUGUAAAGAAAAUAGUUCCUAAUCAUGAGGUUAAAGAGGAGAAUGAAGUUUAUGGUAUUGUACCUGGACCGGAAGAGGAGGAAGAAGAUAUCUUGAUACCCCCUUCUGAAAGCUAUUAUGAUAAGGCCAAAUCUUUCUUUGAUAAUAUUUCCUGCGAGACCAAAGAACGAUUAGAGCAACAAGGGCCUGAUGGCCGGGAUAUUAAUGGUCUCACUCAUUCUUGCUGUGUAGUCGCGUUCUAUCCGUGGCUGAACGAAGACAGAAGCAGUCUGAGGAAAGGCGUCUCAACCUCGAAACUUUUGGACAAGUUUCUAUUGAUGGUGGAAGGUACCGCGGAGGCGGUCGUCGUGGAUAUCGAGGUGGUGGUGGUAGAGGGUACCGUGGCAGUCGUGGUAAUGGUGGCUAUCGUGCGGGGUACUCCAACAACUACCGGGGGAAUAACUAUAGGGUAUGGAUUUUCGCCAAUUGAUGCCAAAAAUGGUUUUCCUCCUUUCAAACGUAAUGCGACUUAA